GCCUGCGCGAUUUGUUAAUAGCGUUAAACCUGACAUGUUAUUACUGCUAAAAUGUCUAAACAUGAUAGAACUACUGACCUUGCUCUCCUUCCUAUGACAGCAUCCCGUUCACAAGGGUUCUUGCGCAUAAUGGUUUUUAGCAAAGCGAACGCACACAAAACUAAACGGCUCAGUCUAAUAUAAGGCCCGCUCAGACUGACCGCUCUGAGAUUUCCUAAAAUGAGCAAUUUCAUCACUAGAUAAGUUCGACAAGAGGCGGUGUCUGUGGCACCUUCUUCAGAAAAAGGACAUAUUCUUCUUGGCUCUCGCCACUUUCUCUUCUCCUUCGCCUUUUCCUAUGUCGAAUAAUACAGACAACGAUCAAGAUCAACCAACCGAGCAAUCCUACAACAAAACAGUUGUAUACACUCCUGACUACCCGAUAACCGUCCCUGUGGAUGAUUGUCAGAAAGUCAGGAUGUACCGGAUGACUUCUAUGUACGAAAACUCGGAUAUCUACUUACAUUUUGGUUACUGUGAUGACCUAGGUGACGGUCGUGGAUAUACAAGUGGAAUAAUUGGAUUCUGUACAGCUACAGGAGAUGCAAUUCAAGUUAUUCAAGCGUAUAACAACCUUGUACCUCAGCCAAACGAGUUCUCUCGAUACUAUGAUACUCUUGUUAGUCUUGCAAAUGAUCAGGAUGACUCAACGUCCAAAAUCAAGAAUUAUUGUCAGAUAUGGUCAGCUGUAUCAAGAGACCCAAUGAAUGGUCCUCUUUUCCGUCAAGCACAGAUGCUGGUAGCAGAUUCAGUGGACUACGUUCCAGCAAUGAAUAUAUCGAAUGGCCUUGGUCUGAAUUAUGCAAUUAGUCGGGGCCAAAUGUAUGACGCAUUGGUUCAGCACGGCAACGAUACUGAUCAGGACAGCAUCCUCGCCUUGGUAAAUAGGACCGCCAUUUAUUUUGCGCAGAAUCCAAACGCAACCAACCUCACAGCUUCCGACUCGGGCACUACAGGGCCAUCGGGAUCGGUUGUCACCACCGCACUUGGAAAUCAGGUGGACGAAAUAACGUGGUUGAAGAAGUUCUUGGAGGUCAGAAGAGACGAUUUAACAAAUCCAUCAGACAAAAGUACAGCCUCAGCAUGGAAACAGUCGGUUACUCGAGUCGACAGCUAUAGCUACGCGGUUGGACAAGGCGAUUACAACUGGACAAACAAUGCCACUUUUGCUUUGGAUAAUGACGGAAACGUGUUCAAUGUGACAUGUAUUGGAGGCUUCUUGGCAUCGGAUGAUACUAGCGUUCCGGAGCAACUUCCGAGCGAAAGCUCUUUCAAUCUUACCUUAUUCCUUGAGGUUUUUAUUCCCUUGAUGAUAGCCUUGAUUGCUGCAGUAGCGUUCUUCAUUUGGUGGCGGUGUUGCCGGCGGAGAAGGUGGAGCGAGUCCAAGCAAAAAGCAUCGGUUGUUGAUGUAUGGCAGUGAUGACGGAAAUUCCGUAAGUCACCUCUGCAAUGGAUACCCUUUACUAUACACUUUGACUAUAAUAAAGCAUGUUGGUUUGUUUCUUGAGCAUCCCAGAAAUCAAAA